CGCACGACCGUCAGCUUGUCUCGCGCAGCACACUUUUUUUCAGUAGUACACGCUCUCUUCUAGUGUGCGUCACAUCGUUGCGUCUCCUGUCAGCCGCAGUUGCGCUGAAGCCAUAUACUCCAGUUUACUGAAAUAAAGGUCUACCCGAGUCUCAAAAGAGGAUUCAAGAACAAGGAUAAUAUUUGAACCAUAAUGCCAAAACUGGUUAAAAUGGUUUCAACUGGGGAUUCAAAAGACGUGUCAAAGUCAUCACAGAGCAAUGGACAUCACACAUCACAAAUAUUUCACUCCUCAACAACCCUCGUAUGUUUCAUGUUGUCGGCGUCUUCGGUGGCAGUUUGUCUGUUUAUGAACGUCAAAACAUCUCAUCUUGAGCGUAAAAUUGAGCUUCUGGAGAUGGAGCGACUGUCUGUGAUUCAACCUGCGCACGCGACACUGGAUGCGAACGCGACUCUUCGGGAUGCGAUAGAGAAACUUGUGCAAGAGAGACUCCGAGAGGGAGUGUCGAAAAUUCGCACAGCUCGAGAAGCAGCGCAAGAGUGCUCGUGUCCUCCAGCACUCCAUUCUCCAGCGUCUACCUCCCCUACACGCCAGUGUACAGGUACAUGAUUCUACAUUUUUCUACUAUGUAGUUGCCUAGUCACUGUUGU